AUGCAUAAAGGAUGUGCUUUUUUGACGUACUGUCAUCGGGAUAGUGCUAUGAAAUGCCAGGCAGCGCUUCACGACCAGAAGACCUUGCCCGGAGUGAGUUCGCCAGACUACUUAGUUCUUAGUGGAUUGGUGAAAAAGUCAUCCACAGGGGCAGUAAUAUUUUUACAAAGCAGUUUUAACGUUAAAAAUGACUUUUCCUUAAGAAUUAACGAUGAUAUAGUGCUUUUCCGUUGUAGCCAGAAGUUACAAUAA